AUGCGCUCCUCGGCGCUCAUCGCGCUCCUCCCCCUGCUCGCCACCCUAUCCAUCGCCCAUCCCCAUCACCACCACUCCCACCACCGCCACUCAUCCCGCAAGACCCUUGGAUUCGGUCCAUCACACAAGCAUGCUACGUUUGAGCUUCUCCCUAUCGAGCCGGUGAACGGCGAAAUCAGUAUCCAGGGGCUGAGCGAGGUCGAUGUCAAGGCGGUGGCGAGUCGGUUCAUUGAGGACAAGAUUGGCUCUGGCGAGGGCGUAGGAUACUACAUUCGCCCCGACACCUACACCGACCGCUCCACUGGUAUCACCCACGUAUACGCGCGGCAGCUCAUCAACGGCCUCGAGGUCGGUGAUGGAGACAUCAACCUCAACAUUGACCGAGAUGGCCGGGUCAUCUCGUACGGAAACUCCUUCCACCCCGGUGGUGCCUCCCUCACGGUCGACAUGGACCCCAGCAAUGAGGCGGCCGUCCACUGCGCCAAGGUGGACAGGCUUAUCGCCGCCCACAAGGCGGAGAUCGCCGAGAUGAAGGGCGAUGAGGGUGUUUGGGCCAUCGUCAAGACCGCCGCGCGGGCCAUGCUCGGCGGUUUCGGCGGCGAGAAGAAGGUGGUGGAUCACCGGACGAUCCGGUCGCUCUACAAGCAGAUCCACCACCUGAAGCACCAGCAGGAGGCGGUAUGCGGUGGCAAGGCCCAGGCGAUGGGGCAGAUGUUGACCCCCGUCGAAGCGCUCCUUACCCUCCUUCCUCGUCUUCACGCCGAUGCGCGCUCGCUGGCCGAGCUGCGUCUCGAGGACUUCCACUCUACACCCGAGCACACCCUCGCGCCCAAGGCGGCUCCCGCCGAGCCACCCACCGAGCACAUCUCCGGCCCUGGUCUCGCCACCGCCGGUAUCAAGAGCUCCGUCCCCGCCCGGCUCAUGUUCACUCAGACAUCCGAGGGCGCCCCGAGGAUGGUCUGGAAGAUGGAGGUGGAGAUGCAGGAUAACUGGUACGAGGCGUACGUCGAUGUCUUGACGGGCGAGUUGCUGCGGGUGGUCGACUGGGCGAGUGACUACACCUGGGACACUCCCAAGAAGGCCGAGCACCGCGUGGAGGCCAAGAAGGGUGGCAAGCAGAAGCCUCUUCCGGCUCCGCCUACCAAGUACAAGCCUUACACUUACCAGGUCUUCCCAUGGGGUGUGAACGACCCCGAGGUUGGCAAUCUCACCGUCGUUGAGUCUCCCUGGGACACGGUCGCGUCUCCUCUCGGAUGGCACAAGAUCCCCACCUCGUCCAACCCCUGGCCGACCCACUUCAAGGGCACCAACGUCACUGGCAACAGUACCGACUUUUACACUACCGCCGGUAACAAUGUCAUCGCGCACGAAGACUGGGAAGGGCAAAACAACUUCCUCACCAACAAGCGGCCAGUCAACGAGUCUAUGGUCUUUGUGUAUGACUAUGGAGCGGAGGAGGGACUGGCGCCCAAGGAGUACUACGAGAUGGUCGUUACCCAGCUGUUCUACACUUCCAACGUGUAUCACGAUCUCCUCCACCGUAUUGGUUUCGACGAGAUCAGCGGGAACUUCCAGGCGUACAACUUUGGGCUCGGCGGAAGGGGAGGUGAUCCCGUCAUCUGCAACGCUCAAGAUGGAUCGGGCUACAACAACGCAAACUUCAUGACUCCCCCUGAUGGCCAGGCGCCACGAAUGAGGAUGUAUGUCUGGGACACCGCUACACCCUUCAGAGACGGUGAUCUCGAGGCUGGUAUUGUCAUUCACGAGUACAGUCACGGUCUUUCCACUCGUCUUACCGGUGGUCCGGCCAACUCUGGUUGUCUCGGCUUUGGCGAAGCUGGGGGUAUGGGCGAAGGAUGGGGAGACGCGAUCGCCACCCUGAUCCGCCAGAUCGACGAGCACAAGAACUUCCGGAACGGUACCGACGUGUACGCCAUGGGCGCUUGGGCCGCCAACCGGGACACCGGUAUCCGCAACUACAAGUACUCGACCAACUCCUCUACGAACCCGUCCACGUACAAGACGCUCGACAAGCCCGGAUACUGGGGCGUCCACGCUAUCGGCGAGGUCUGGGCUGAGUUCCUCUUUGUCAUGUCGCAGCGCCUGGUAGAGAAGUACGGUUUCUCCAAUACCCUCUUCCCUCCUACCGACACCUCCAAGUCGAACGACUACUACACCAAGACCCUCGCCGAGUCGGUCGACGCGUUCGGCCGCCCCGCACCCUUGAUCCCCAAACACGGAAACACACUCGCCCUCCAGCUCAUCGUCUCGGCGAUGAAGAUUCAGCCGUGUCGCCCGUCCUUCUUUGACGCUCGGGACGCCAUUAUCCAGUCGGACCAGAUCCUCACGGGUGGUGAGAAUGCGUGUCUCAUCUGGAAGGCGUUUGCGGAGCGCGGGCUGGGCGCGGACGCCAAGGUCGUGGGUCAGACCCCGUGGGGCGGAGGAAUUAGGUCGGAUGGGUUCACGGUGCCCCCCAAGGCGUGUGGGAAGGAGGUACCGGGCGAGCCUGAGAAGCCCAAGCACCCGGGUCACUAG